UGUUCGGCUGUUCGGUUUCAAGUUUCUCACCCCAACUUCACUGAUCAGUCCGGACUCCACCCAUCGACCUCUGGAGUUACCGGUUUGCUGUGAAACGUAGGUGGGGUCAUGGCAGCAUCGACGUACGUUUUUCGCGACGGCACCUUGGACGACGUUCCAGCCCUUCUGGAGAUCUAUAACUACGAAGUCAAAAACGGCAACGCUACUCUAGACCACGAAACGCCUACAUUGGAGCACAGACGUGGGUGGUUCUCGACAAAUUUUGGAGAGAAGUACCCGAUCCUGGUGGCGGUCAACGAGGUGGACGGGAAUGUGCGAGGAUAUGACAGGACUUGCGAAAUCACACUCUACAUACAUCACGAGCACCAAGGACAGGGAUUGGGAAAGCGGCUCAUAGAAGCUCUACUUACCCGUGCAGCCGAGCUUGACUAUACAUCCGUAAUCGCAAUCAUCGGUGGAGAGAACGACAGGUCUCUCCAACUUUUCAAAUCACUAGGAUUUGACGAAGUGGGGCGGUUUCCCGGGAUCGGUUUCAAGUUCGGUGUUGUCGAGUCCUGCUUGACAUGUAUCGUUUCGAAAACUUCGUCUUCAAUUGUAAUCACCAGGUUUCUCAUUUGACUAGUUCUCGCAACUUCACAUACUCUUCGGCGAAGUCUUUGCAACGAAACAUGGAACU